CGGGUGCUUAGGCGGCGCAGUGCUCCGUGCAGCCGGGACGGGCCUCACUCUGCUCCUCCGCGCGGGCCUUCAGGAGACGUUUCCCCUCAGAAUUGAUUCUUAGCCUUCCUGUGCUUCUUUUUCGUUUGUUUGGUUUUUUUUAUUCCUCCCCGUCACUUCCGCCUCGCUUCCUCUCCCACUUCCGCCUCCUCUUCCGGCCGCUUCAGCCGAGGGGCGUCGCGAUGCUGUCGGCAGCGGCGGGGGGCCCCGGGCCCGGCGGCUUGGAGCGGCGCGGCGGCCGCUUCAGCGUCCUCACCUGGGAGCAGGUGCAACGGCUGGACCAGAUCCUGGGCGAGGCCGUGCCCAUCCACGGCCGCGGCAACUUCCCCACCCUGGCCGUGCGGCCGCGCCGGAUCGUGCAGGUGGUCCGCAGCCGUCUGGAAAAGAGAGGCAUUGCAGUCCAUAAUGUGAGAUUGAAUGGCUCGGCAGCCAGCCACGUCCUACAUCAAGAUAGUGGCCUGGGGUACAAAGACCUGGACCUCAUUUUUGGUGUGGAUCUGAAAAGUGAGGAUGUGUUCCAGCUGGUUAAGGAUGUGGUCAUGGACUGCCUCUUGGACUUCCUCCCAGAAGGAGUAAACAAAGAUAAGAUCACCCCUAUGACUCUAAAGGAGGCGUAUGUGCAAAAGCUAGUGAAAGUGUGUAAUGAAACAGACCGCUGGAGCCUCAUAUCGCUGUCCAACAACAGCGGGAAGAACGUGGAACUCAAGUUCGUAGACUCUCUCAGGCGGCAGUUUGAAUUCAGUGUGGACUCCUUCCAGAUCAUACUGGAUUCACUGCUGCUGUUCAGCGAGUGUUCAGAGAACCCCAUGUCUGAGAACUUCCACCCUACAAUCACUGGGGAAAGCAUGUAUGGGGACUUUGAGGAAGCAAUGGACCACCUCAGGAACAGAGUCAUUGCCACCAGGAAUCCAGAGGAAAUCAGAGGCGGUGGCCUUCUGAAGUACUGCAACCUCUUGGUGAGAGGAUUUAAGCCCAAAUCGGAAGUGGAUAUGAAGGCACUACAGAGAUACAUGUGCUCCAGGUUUUUCAUAGACUUCUCUGACAUUGGUGAGCAGCAGAGGAAGCUAGAGUGUUACCUUCAGAGUCACUUUGUUGGCAUGGAAAGCAAAAGAUACGAGUACCUUAUGACCCUGCACAGGGUGGUGAAUGAGAGCACUGUAUGCCUGAUGGGUCAUGAAAGGAGGCAAACUCUGACCCUCAUUGCCAUGCUGGCUGCAAGGGUCCUGGCUGAGCAGAGCAUCAUCCCAACCGUCACAAACGUUACCUGCUACUAUCAGCCAGCACCGUAUGUCAGUGAAAUAAACUUCAACUACUAUGUUGCCCACGUGCAGCCCCUUCUGCCUUGCAGUCACUCCUAUCCAACGUGGCUUCCCUGUAAUUGAGCAUGGAUGAUGCUCAGGACCUCCGCUCCAAAGCGUUUCCUUGCCUUUGGGAGCCUUUCGGGAAGACCUGCAACAAAAGGAAACUUGCUGGACUCUUGAGCAAGACUGUCUUGUUCCAACAGUCCUAGGAACUAGCGCUGUCUGCUGUACACUCUAGAGAUUGGAUGUGCAGUGUUAUGGAAACUAGACCUAUUUGAGAUGUUUACAGGAAGACUGAAUCACUUAGUGAAUUAUGUAGGCAAUUGAGGGUGGGGGCGUGUUAGGGGGAGACUACAGACUUAGAAUAAGAUAGAGCUGCACUGCCCCAAAAUGCAAAAGGAUCUAACUUUUUUUUUUUUUUAAGUGCAGAAGUGUUAUGGGUUGUGCAGACUCGUGGUUUCUGAAGAUAGAAGCCAGAGUGGCUAAUUACUUCGAAGGACCAAAGAAUCCUGUUUAAGUGCCUGUAACAACAUAAAACACAAUUGUACUGUAAACUUUAUUUUUCAGGGGCUGAGGUCCCGAGUGCUUGAGUGGGGAGUCUCAAAAAGAAAAAGGAAAAAAAGGGGAAAAAAAAAAGUUUUUGCGGGACGGGGGGGGGUCACCUGAUCAUUUCUAGUAACCGAACUGAAGCAGAUGUUGGAUUGCAGGUUACAUGUUGCUAAGGUUUUUGGCAUGGCUUGCUGCCUAUGAAGGAUCGACUGUGGCAAAUAGCGGUCCAAGCUGAGUUGCACAGAAAUGGGGUUAGCUUUGAUUGACUACAUGUAAAAUGCCUAAGCAUAAUAUGGGAGGGUUAGGCGGGGAGGAGGGAGGGAAAAGUGCAUGGUGGCAAAAGCUGUGCUGAGCUUUGGAGAUGGAAAGCAAUAGGGGGGUUUACAUGUGUAAUGACUAUUUAAAAAAAAAAAAAAAAAGUCCCAAGUCUGCAGUGCCAAAUGUAACUAUGUACAUAAACAGUAAAGCUAAGAGUCUGUUUUGGAGUCUGCCCGUGGCUUCACCAAUACAUAACCAUAUAUUUUCUAGGGAAUUUGAAAUACUACUUUUUUUGGCAUGCAGUGUGGUUUUAAUGCACAAAGCCAGUGGCUAGCUGGGUUAUCUAGAAAAGACUAGGCUUGUCUUGAAGCACAAACUGACUCACUGGCUAGUCAAACCAUUAUCAGCGAUAGCAACUACCAUGGUGGCUGGAGCCAGUUUUAGGUCAAAUGUACAGAACCUGGUCCCUCGGUACUAGAAUGCUGUUGAAUGAAUCCAGCAGAUUCUUUCCAUUUGAGCCUCCUUUGGCUCAGACUUCUUCCUUCCUGUGCCCAUCUUCAUGCCCUUUCUUCAAAAGCAGCCUGUUUCCACAUCUGAGCAACAGAUAACAUUUUAAAUUCAAAUGUAGCUUAGAAAUGGAACUUGUCUAGCUGUUACUUCAUUUUGUGCAAAAAUCAGUUUGGCCUUAGGAACAGAGAGAUCCUCUCGUGACUCCCCCCCCACCCCUGUUUAAAAAAACAAACCAAAACCUUUUAUGCCUGUGGGAGUUUUGGUACAUCUUAUGCAAGUAUAUUGACUUUGAAGUUGCUGUGAUGUCUAGAGCACAAAAAGUCCUGCCCUGAGCUGUCUGAAGUGAAUACCCCUCCUUUUGGAACAUCACAUCUCAGGCUUAACUAUGCAUUAUUUGUGGGGAGAGGGGGCGGAAGGGGGUUUAAAGCUCGUACGGUAGAGACAUCUGGCACUUUAGCCAUCAGCUCUACUGCUCAGAAUAUAUGAUGCAAGCCACUUCAUAGCGCUUUCUAAGUGGCUAACAAAACAUGAGCACUUAUUUACUAAUUUUGCUUUUUGGUCCUUGACAACACUGUACCAUGGCUGGACUGACUGAACAGUCUAAUUAAUAAAGAUUAGAUACUUGGAAUGUGAA